AUGAGUUCAGUGGUCUGUGGAAUGUUUGGUUAAGUAGAAGUGCACGGGCUGGGAAUGAAAGUAACCUUGUAGUGGUAAAAGUGCUUUAAAUAAGUUCCUGAACGCUAAAUAAGAUCGAUGAUCUGAUCGGAAGGAGCAGAGGAGGAUCUACGGAAACUGUUGGAACAUUAAAUUUAAAGUCACGUCGGAACAAAAAGGAAGACAACGGGCGAGCAGUGAAUCCGGUGGCAUUUAUCAUUCAACCCCAUCGGAACUGGUUUCCCUGUAAGCUGACGUUAGUUGUGGUAAGAUCUAUAUGGUUCCGUCCUCGCCUUCCUUGGAACAAAGACGCCAAAUGUGUCCUCUGAUGUUUCAUGGAUUCCAUGUGAUGGUGUGAGGAUGGGACAGGGUGGUGCUGGAAGUGACUGCAGCCCUGGAGGCUGAUGAACCCGCUCCAUUGGCCAGUCAGGAUGCACAUAGCCUCAGUGGGUGUCAGCAAGUUCUGCUUCCUGUUUUCUCUUGCAUUCUGUGCCCUCCUGCUUUUGCUCAUCCCCAACCUCCAGCCCCCAGCGCGCCAGGUCGACCUGCCUCAGCCCCGUCCCCAAGUCAGACCCGCGCAGGCAGGCCCAUCACACCAUGUCGGGGUUCCAGCAGUGUCUGUCCACACAGGGGAAACACGCUCUGCCACAGAGCUAAACAGAAGCUCAGCAGGGCAGGGGAGAUCCAUCAAGACUGAAGGUAGUAGGGAUGAUAUCAUUAGUCCCAAAAGGGGGAUGGACUCUGAAAGAGGAGCUCUGUCUGGAGGAAAGGGUGGUAGACUUUCAGGGUCUAGAUCAUGGGACCUGUUAGAGUUAAAGGACAUUUUUAUUGCAGUAAAGACUACCAGGAAGUAUCACAAGUCCAGAUUGGAGCUGCUGAUUCAGACCUGGAUUUCCCAAGCUAUAGAACAGACCUAUGUAUUUACUGAUGGUGAGGACAAGGAGCUGCGGAUGAGAACAGGAGUGAACCUCAUCAACACUAACUGCUCAGCAGCUCACACCCGACAGGCUCUGUGCUGCAAGAUGUCUGUGGAGUACGAUAAAUUCAUUGAGUCCCAGAAGAAGUGGUUUUGCCAUGUGGAUGAUGAUAACUACGUGAUCCUGCCAAGCCUGCUGCGGCUGCUCUCUUCCUAUCACCACAGCCAGGAUGUGUACCUGGGCCGGCCCAGUCUGGAUCAUCCUAUAGAGGCUGCAGAGAGGGUCAAGAGUGAUGGAUCGGUGUCUGUCAAGUUCUGGUUUGCCACAGGCGGAGCAGGUUUCUGUAUCAGCAGAGGCCUGGCACUGAAAAUGAGCCCAUGGGCUAGUUUGGGGAAUUUCAUCAGCACAGCGGAGAAGAUCCGACUACCAGACGACUGCACCAUUGGCUACAUCAUCGAAGCGCUGCUGGAGGUGACCCUAACACAUACACACGUCUUCCACUCUCACCUGGAGAACCUGCAGAAGCUGCCCACUGACACUGUGCUGGAGCAGGUCACUCUGAGCUUCGGAGGCUUUGAAAACAGAAGAAAUGUGGUCAGCAUUGUUGGAGGCUUUUCACUGGCUGAGGACCCCACAAGGUUUAAGACAGUCCACUGUCUUCUGUAUCCAGAUACUGACUGGUGUCCAAAGCUGGAACGUCGCCACAGAAACUGAAAACCACUGUUUUUAUCCUGCAGUACUGAUACCUGCUAAAAAUGUAUUCCACUGCUUCACCCUGCCAUGUUUGGAUCAACCUUCGAUCAAGCUGGAAAAAUAUGUCAUGUCACACAUCAUUUGGUGGAUGUCUCUAUCCAAAGCAGUCUCACCUCAUACUUCAUUAAUGCACAGCGCUAGUGGUAGUGCAACCCUCAGAGGCAGAGUCUUUCAAUAGGCAACAUUUUAUAUAAAUGUAAAUUCAUCAGGUCAAUCUAAAAAGGUGGAGCCAAAGGACGACUUUUUUCUGGCUACAACAGCAUGACAGUGAGUAAGGGGCCGUACACAUGCCGCGUCUUUAACCACUUGGCGAAUGCAAGGUUGGGCAGUGGGGGCUACUCCUGUGCUUAAUCUGUGCCAACUGCACGGAGGCAGGUUUCUAAGUGCUAAGCUAAGUUGCUAAGCUUACCAAAAAUCCUGGGAGCUUAUCUUCUUCCAGGCAUUGUUUUAUAAGUGUGCAUUAGGCCAAAAAUAUUGUCCAUGGGACAGAUGUAAAGCUCUGUAUAGCCCUGCACUUAAAUAAUUAACUUCUGCUCCAUAUUUACUACAGACUGAUAUUUAUGGAAGAAGGGAAUGAUAUCUGCUGGCUGUGAUUGGUUGUUCCUUGUCAAAUGACAUGCAGUGCAUGCUGCCACCUUCCAAAAGUUGAACUCUGUUUAUCUCAGGGCACAGCCGUUGUGCCUAUCUAGUAACGCACCAAGCUAGUAACCUAGUCUACCAGUGUUGUGUCAAAACAAAUUUGCUGAUGAAAAUAAUUAAGAGUGCAUAUUUACAGUUAAGGCUUUUGCACACUGAGUCGUCUUUUUUUGCUUUUUCGUCCAAAAUUGUAGCACAUUUAAAUCUUAUGUUGUCUCAAUCGUGUUCGCGCACUAACUAUGAAACUUUCAUCUGUCAUUAAACUUUUCAGAACAGGUUAGAUUUUCUACUUUUUUUCACAUCCGUCAAAAGCCUUUAGACUAAAUAAAAUAGAGAGGAACAGGGUGUGCAGUAUCAUUUCAUAACUCAGGUAGGUUGCUUUCAAUAAGUCAGACAGUAAUACUGAGGGGAAUGAUGAUGAUGAGGAGGAGAAUGUAAUAAAGGAUGAAGGCUGCACAGAAAGAGAGAGACAAUGUGGAGACAGAGAGGGAGGACAGCUCAGCCUCUUCAGGCAACUGUGGUGCCAAAUGCAAGACAGAGAAAGUGGUGACAGUCAGGGAGGGAGCUCCAUCAGAGAGAUGCAAGAGAGCAAAUGUGUCUUUUCAUUUUGUCUCGUAUUGCAAAUUUUCUCAACAGUCAGUCUGCAGACAUGAGCAAGGUUUCAGUAUGUAAAAAAAAUUUAAUGACUGAUUUUAAAAAAAAAACGCAUCCAAUAAAACCCAGCAGACAUCCAGAGGGAGCUCGGAGUAGAGCCACUGCACCUUGGCAUCGAUAGGGGUCAGUUGAGGUGGUUUGGGUAUCUGAUCAGGAUGCGUCCUGGUUGCCUCCCGUUAUAGGUGUUCAGGCACUUCUUCCUACUGGUUGGAGGCCCCGGGGCAGACCCAGAACAUGCUGGAGGGAUUACAUAUCUCAUCUGGCCUGGGAAGUCCGUGGGAUCCCCCAGGAGGAGCUACAAAGUGUCGCUGGUGAGAAGGAUGUCUGGGGUGCUUUGCUUGGCCUGCUGCCCCCGCAACCCGGCCCUGGAUAAGCAGAUGAAAAUUAAUGGAUGGCUGGAUAAAAAAAAAAAACCUGACUCAGUGUGCAAAGGCAUUUAGAGUGCCACAUUUCUACUAGUUUCCAGCUUUCCUACUUCCUGUUUUUAUCAUUUGUUCAGUGAAGGAAAUAUCCGACUAUUUGGCCCCAUUCCCUGUGGUUUAAGUUUACCAGUAUAAAAAAAGUCACUGAAUUUACGCUGUGUUCCAUUUACCUCGGAAGUGGAGGUCAGAGCUGGGAAUGACAUCACAUCCAAGUAGAUUGUGUUCCAAUACAAGUUUGAAAACCAAGAUGUUGUUAGCAGUACCAGUUCAAGCAAUGCCAGUUGACAACAACGCACUACACUGUAUUAUACAAACAGCGUAGCAACAGGUCCACCGAGAGAAGCUGGACAGUACUGUGUGUAUGACUGUUAAUAAGACACAAAUAAGGCAGAAGUGCUAAUAAACAGUAUAUUACUAUAGCUUUCUCUACUGAAUAUGUAGUGAGCAGCCAUAUGGGAUUUUCAGGUCAGAGUUAGUGAGGUUCCUCCGACUUUCUAAGUUGGAAAUCUGACUUCAGGGGGUGUUCCAGUUAAAAUUUCUGAGUGGGAACUCAGAAAUCCUGACUCCCCAGUAUGAAUGGAACACACAAAUAGAGUUUCUUCCCAAAUGUUCAUAUUUGCAGAUGGCUAAAUGGUACUCUGAAGUCUACUGGCUCUUUGGUUCAACCAAUUAUAACGUCUACAAAAAAAUAGUUCAGGAACUCCAUUCUGCAUGUCAGUGGCACUGAGCAGAGAACCACUUCAGACAAAUGCUACGGUAUGUGAAGGACCUACUCUGCUUCUUAGGGCAUAGAUGUUUAAGCGUUAAAUAAAAGGCCCACAAACCACUGACUCUUACUGUAAGUCACCUCUCUAUUCUGUCACUGUUGACAUGUUACCCCAAAGUCAAUAUAAAACCAAGGUCACAAUGAAUGAUUGUUGAGGUACUUUUAAGAGUCUGGUUAAAAUAUGUUGAAUUUAUCAUAAUUCUUUGGUCUCAAACAUGAAUUGAACUGAUUUUUGAUUUGAAGGUUUGAAUGCUGCAUGGGCACACAUUUAUUUCAAUGUGUUGUUAUUGAUGUGAUGCCCUCUGAUUCUCAGCCAAAUACCUUUUCCUUGUAUUAGCCUAUUUCUAACUGGCCCAUCUUUAUGGUUUUGCACUACUUUGAACUUGUUACUUCCUGUCGGUUACUGAUUGUAGUUCCGUUUUUCAGUGUUGGUGUAAAUAUGAGUGAACUUCAUGAUGUAUUCUUUCUUUGCAUAGGUUGUAGUCUUUGUUCUACGUAACGCUUCUUUAAUGCAGUGAUACUGUAGAGGCAGAUAUGAGUUUGUUGGAGUUAGUGGAGCCGAAGAUAACUCAACUACAUUGCACUGAAAUUUGGUGCAGAUAUUAUUUGCCCCCAAAGAGUGUUGCUAAUAAUUUUAGUUUGGCGCUGCCAGCAGGACAAAUUUCUCUGUUGACUACCUUGGUUCAUAAGGUUUCACACUGCAAAAAAAUGCCCUAUCAAAUUUAAGUUAAAAGUUUUUUAGAUGAGCGUUCUUUUUGUUGAAAAAAGCAAAUAUGGCUACCAGUGCAUUAAGUGAAUUUCAUUUAAUGGGAUUUCUUAAAGGACCAGUUCACCCCAAAAUCAAAAAUUCAUAUUUUUCUUCUGACCUGUAGUACUGUUUAUUAGUCUAGAUAGUUUUGGUGUGAGUUGCCCAGUGUUGGAGAUAUCAGCCGUAGAGAUGUCACACCAAAACUAUCUAGAGUUAUAAAUAGCACUGCAGGCAAUAGGAGAAAUAUGUGUUAUUGGUUUAUGGGUGACCUGUCCUUUUAAAAUAAUUUAGGAUGCCAGCUACCAGAUAUAUUCAAAUAAAAUUACAAGUGAAUUAAUAAAUACCAGAAGAUUAAAUUACCUAAAAUAAGAUUAGUUAUAUUCUUGUUUCCAGAAAACUUACCGGCAAGACCCGAUUGCCAUUCAACACAACCUAUAUGACCUUCAAGUUGGUAGGCUUGUGUGCUCAGAUAUUUUUUAGCAAACGUUAGCAUGAUAGCGCUCUUAACUGGUAUACUGAACAGUGGCGUAGUGGUAGUUGUUGAGGUGGGUGCACUGCCAGGUAGAUGGGUGAUUACCAAGGACAAAGUGGGUAUAGUCCUCCUAUAUAUUCCAAUGGCUUUUUGGCUGAAAAGUAGGUAUAUGUUAAGCAGGCAGAAAAAGAGGUGGAUAUACCCUGUAUACCUGUGUACACCUUUCACAACACUGCUGAAUAUUGGAAAGAUACCUGCAAAACAUCAGCAUGUUCACAUUUAGCACAAGCAUCAAUUUGUCCAAGUACAGCCUCAGAGUUGUGUCUAGCAAAUCCAGUAAAAAAGUUCUGUAAAGAUGCUUUUGCUAAAAAUGAAAUGAAGAAAAGCCUUACUUUCCACAGCCAUGCUAUAGUUUUCUAAGUAUGCCAGUUAGUGUGCUGACCCCCCAAACUAUAAAUGCUCAUGAUAAAAUGGAAAAAGAAGUUCUUGUAGACAACAUUUAAACUUAGAUGUCCAGACCUCUGAUCCUUCCUUAGACUUCAGGUUUCCCAGUUUGCUCACUUUUUCUUUGAUAAACAGGUUCUUUGGCUCCAGCCACUCCAUUCACACCAACCAGCAACAGUAUUUCUGCCUGUAAACAGUACUUGUGUAAAACACUCAUCUACCUUUUUGCACACAAGCAAAGAAUCCAAAAUCCAGAGCAUGUGUUCCACUGCAGGUCAGUGGCAGAGAGUGAGUGAGAGAGUGAGUGAGUGUUUUUGUGAACCCCUUACCGCUGAUGUAUUAUUGUGUUGUUUCAAUAACAAUAAAACCAUUCUGCAUUGUCA